AUGUUAUUAUUAUCGUUCAUAGAUGAUUUGUGGGUAUUUUCUCCUAUUACGCAUACCAUAUCUAUGAAAUGUAACAAAACCUUCUCAGUGUUCAAGAUGAGUACGAAAAUCAUCAAAGCGAACGCUGUGGAGCCCGAUGGCUUCGAGACCUCGAUCUCGCAGGCGCUAGUCGAGUUGGAGACCAACUCUGACCUGAAGGCCCAACUUAGGGAGCUCUACAUUACUAAAGCUAAAGAAAUUGAACUGCACAAUAAGAAGUCAAUCAUCAUCUAUGUGCCUAUGCCAAAAUUGAAGGCAUUCCAAAAGAUCCAGAUCAGAUUGGUCCGUGAAUUGGAGAAGAAGUUCAGUGGCAAGCAUGUUGUGUUCAUUGGUGACCGCAAAAUCUUGCCUAAACCAAGCCACAAGACCCGUGUUGCUAACAAACAGAAGAGGCCUAGAUCUAGGACUUUAACUUCUGUAUAUGAUGCUAUUUUGGAAGACUUAGUGUUCCCCGCUGAAAUUGUUGGCAAACGCAUCAGGGUUAAGUUGGACGGCUCACAGCUUAUCAAAGUGCACCUUGACAAAAAUCAGCAAACCACUAUUGAACAUAAGGUGGACACCUUCCAGUCAGUAUACAAGAAGUUGACGGGGCGCGAAGUCACGUUCGAAUUCCCUGAACCCUACUUG